AUGGCGGAGAGUAAAAGAAAGAGAAGUGCCGGUCCUUUCCACUGUUCCUUUCCGGGAUGCCAUAAGAUCUUUUCGAGAUCGGACCACCUUAGUCGACAUAAAAUCAACCACACCGCCAGCAAACUGAGAUGCAACUGGCCACAGUGCGGUAAGCUCUUUUCCCGGCUGGACGUGAAGAGAAAGCACGAGAGCAGACAUGUAAAGGCAAACGAUAUGCCGGCCGAGGCAAGCCAGCGUUCACUUGUGGCUCAUACCAAUGACGAUACAAACCAAAUGACAAAUAACAAUGGGGCACCUAAUGAAGAGGUGGAUUACCGAUUCUACGAAAGUCAUGCCGAUAGAAGCUUGUCCGGAUCCUUCCUCUCUUCAAAAGAAAAUGUUGUCUCCACUCACAAUCCAGAGGUGGUGACAGAUGACGUGAGGGGCAUCCCUCUGGGGACAUCAGAUCAAGUGAACACCGACUCACCAUUUAUCUCUCACCUUAGCAGCUUGCGUGAAAAUGGCAGCACCCAGAAGUCUGCUUCUCAUCCCAAUUCGCUGCUGGACCUCUCCUCCUUCCAAUGGCUUCUUAGCGGACCUACAAACACCUCGCCAGUUGAUGGCAGAUUUUUAAAUCAACCUGAGGAUGGUGCAUUCCACGCCUCUUAUAACGAUCCGCUCGAUCCCUCUACACUAACUAUGUUGGAAGAGAUUUUUGCAUUAACUCCCGAAUUUCCAGCAAUUGACAACCAGACAAAACUUGAUGAUAACCACCUUUCAAAAAUGAUAGGAUGUAUUCCGGACUUGGCAGCACAUGCCGAUUUCACCACGACAAACUUAGAAUAUUUUCUCGAUGUUUACUGGCUCUUGUAUCACAAACAGUACCCUAUCUUACACAAACCGUCCUUCUCUACCGACGAAGCGCAGCCAUUGCUUCUUUUAAGCAUGAUUAUGAUUGGAGCCUCUUUCGCCAAAAAAAUGGUUCCCAACCGAAAUAUAAGCCUGGUUGAUCCAGAUGGACUUGCUGAUACGAUCGCCGAGCCUCUGAGAUGGCUUAUAUUUGCAAGUAAGCAAGCCAAACCACCCUGCAAAUCAUGGGUUAUUCAAAGCCUAGUGAUGUUGGAAACUUUUGAAAUUACCAGCACUUCCAGGGCUCUACACGAGCGGGCCUGUAUCUACAAUGGGGCCAAAAUACAGCUUCUAAGGAGAAGCCCGAUUUUAGGGGGGGAUCCUUCGAAGUCAGUUGGCUCCGAUGUUAGCAGAUCCAAAAAUCGUUGGACUACUUGGAUCGAGAGCGAGUCCAUGAAAAGAGUGGCUUUAAUGUCCUUUUGUAUUGACAGCAUACACGCCAUCGUUUUCGGUCACCCUCUCAAUAUCUUCGCUAGCCAAAUAAAACUCUCCCUUCCAUGUCCAGAUGACCUUUGGGAGUACAGUGCUUUUGAUAGAAACAAAGCUCCAUUAUCUGUGGCUCAAACACCACUAUUUUGCGAUGCACUGCAAAAAUUAUUGCAGAAAGAGAGCAUUCAAGUGGGAGCUUUUAGUCGACAGAUAUUGUUGGCCGGCUUGAUAAAUUUGCUGCUUCAAAUUGAACAGAACAUAUCUCAAUGGUCGAACUUCGGACGAAGCUCAAUCCAGGAAUCAUGGAGAGAGGUCAUCUCAUCGGCUAUUGAUUUCUGGCUCACAGAUCUUCCACUAGGCGAUUGUUGCUUGACGUCCUCUAGCGUUUAUCCCUGCGAACGUAAUUUCCCCAAUGAUCCGUCAAUUCCUCCAUUCAUGAGGCCCGAUGACACUCGUUGCAAUUGUCCCGUUUACCACGCUGUUCAGAUAUACAUGAGGAUUCCUCAUUAUGACUACAUUAUUUAUGCAGGAGCUCCAAUGAGAAUGAAUGUCCCAAUAUUGGAGGAAGAUUAUGCAGCUGUUGUAACAAGAAUUGGAAAAUGGGCUAAAUCACCGGCUGGUCCACAUUGCGUGAUUGAAUCAAUUAUCCUAUUAUGUGAGAUGCUGCUUUCUCGCGAAGAUGCGGUGGAGUUUAUAAGUUACUCCUAUGAACCAGAUAAAGACCCUUUUGUGUAUCGACCAAAUGCUGUUAUAUCUGCUACCUUAUCUCUUUGGGCUUUUGCUUAUUAUUCAUAUGGUCCGGAGUCAAAUUUAAGGUCAGAUUCCUCUCAAUACUUUCUUGACGAUGAUUACUCUCCAGCUAUGGAAGACGUUUCAAGUUAUUUAGCAAGGCUCCGAAGUGAAUUCAAGAUCGCUACAGGCAUAUCUUUCCUUCAGCUGAAGACAAUGAAUUCAACUGAUCGCUUAGCGGCAAUGAAGGCAUAUUAUGCUGCAUUUCCUAAAAUAAAGAACAUAAACUAUAUGGUUGGGUUGCUAACAUCACUGAAAAAUGGCUAUGCCAAAUGCAGUUGGCAUGUUGGCAGAGAGUAUGCGAAACUGUUAGAAAAUUGCAUCAAGCGAAGCUUGGGUCAUAGCGCAAUAUUCUGUUAUGAAAUGUAUAAUGUCACCUAA